AUGGGGUCGGAACUUGGAGUCAGGCCCGACUCCAAGCCAGAGCCCAUAUACAGCCCGGUGAGCAUCUGGUGGGCCACCUGGGCAGGCGUAUGGACUCUCGCUGUCGCCAGCGGAAUGGCCUACCUCAUAAGUCGUCGCAACAUGCCCAUUCUCCGCAUGCGAGGCCUGAGUCUGUCGUUAUCUGCCGUCGUCCUCCUUCAUUUAUAUUACGUCCCCGUUCAGUUCGGUACAAUGAUAGGUCCCAUCGUGCCCGGAGAUGCCCAAUUCUGGAUUAUGGGCACUUUUUUACCAUGCGGCAUCGCUCUCUUUCAUGCCUCCAACAGCCGUUUCCUUCACGUCGCGAAACUCCAACGCAAAUAUGUGUAUAAUGAUAGUCGACUUAUUGAGAUUCCUCCGAACCGGAAGAAGGGAGGGCUACUCGGUCGCUUCCAGCGUUUGGAAUACGAUACGCGAAUCCUUAUUCUUGUUGGCAUUGGAAUGAUUGCUCAGAUUCUUCUCACCGUCGUAAUGUGGUUGACUUCUCGUAAAUGGCAUCCCACCUGGGGUAUUCCUGGUACCGAGGUUCAUGGUGCGAAGAUGGCACAGUUGUCAGCUAUGGGUCGGGGAUACGAAUGGUGGCCGAGUAUCUUCUGGCAACUUUUCUGGGCCUGGAUUUUUGCCCCGAUUGUUCUCUGGAAAUCUCGCAAUAUCCGUGACACCUAUAGCUGGCGUGUACAGACAAUCGGCUGUGCCAUAGCCAAUCUUCCCGGCGCUCCGUUGUGGCUUAUUUCCAUCUAUGUGCCUGCCUUCGACAAAGUGAACGAAGUCUGGCUGCCUCCGCAGUGGAUAUGUCUUUCAAUUCUGGUGAUGGAAAUUUUCACCGUCUUUCUUCCCUGUUGGGAAGUAAUGCGCCACCAAGCUCUUCGCCAGGAGACACUCGACUGCAUCGCCCAGUGGGAGGCAAAGAACAAGACCAGUAGCUCGGCAACCAAGUCCCUUGCCUCGACCGGGACUCUGGUAGAAUCUAUAUUGGCCGGUGCCAAAUCUACCAACGGCUCUGUAGAGACCAAUAGUUCUCGUGAGAGUAUUUUGACAAUGGGGGCUCUUGAGUAUGUCUUGCAGCGGGAUCCAGCUCCUCUCCAGAGAUUCUCUGCUCUAAACGACUUUUCCGGAGAAAACAUUGCCUUCCUUACUAGCGUUGCCGAAUGGAAAAACACCUUCCCCCGAGCAAUUCGAGAGAACGACGCCUCUCAGGACUGCAAUACCGAGGACUUAGUCCGUGAGCGAUUCAACCGCGCCCUGCACAUCUAUGCUGAAUUCAUCAGCAUUGCCCAUGCCGAGUUUCCUGUCAACAUCUCCUCUCAGGAUCUGAGGAAACUCAGAGAUAUCUUCGAUCUGCCGGCUCGUAUGCUCUACGGUGAGGAGCGCGAGGUUGUCGAUCCUGCUACCCCUUUUGACUCCUUCAAACCACCGGCUUCACCUACCUUUUCAGAAAGCUCACAAAAGGAACUUCAGAGCUCGGUGGCCGCUAUUCAUGAUCGCGUGCAAUACUGGGGCGAUGUUCCUGAAGGGUUCGGUCCUGCUAUUUUUGACGACGCAGAGGAGAGCAUAAAGUACCUCGUCCUCACCAACACGUGGCCCAAGUUCAUCAAGAAUCGCACGGCAUCAAUAGAUGCAAGCAAUAGAUUGCAUGCCGGUGAGAGAGUCUGA